AUGGAAUACAGAAAGUCUGACGCAUACCUAAUGAAAUUACAAUACAUGAAGCUGAAAAAAUACUUAAAAGUAGUAGAUGAACGACAAAAAGGAGCUCUUCUGCGAAACCAGACCUUUUUAAAGCAACUUGACCAGUUUGAAGCUCAUCUGAAAACUUCAAGUUCAGCAAUGAUUCAGAAGAUGGAAGAAUGGUACGGAAGAGAAAUUAAAAGUGUGUUAUCACUUCAAGAGGGUAACUUGUCAGCAGAAGGUGACAAGGAAGAAGAAUACGAUGAGCAGAUGCUGCGGCUUGCAAGACAGGCUGGAAUCAGCACCGGAGCAGUUGUGCCAAGAGGUCUGUAUCACCCAGCAACAGUCUUUAUGGGUCGCCACACACCAGUUGUCUCAGGUGCCGGAGGUUUGGGCACGCAGCAGAAACCCCCCCAGCCCACAGAGAGCUGCUCGUCACCAGAUGCAUCUUUGUGCUCUUCAUCACUUGAAGGACUUGGCCCAGAAAUCAGAAGUGCUGGUUUAGGGAGUAAUGCAUCAGUGGAUGGAGCAGUGAAAUGCAAGGACCUGGCUGCUAGCGAGAAAGGCUCUGAGCAGCUCAUCUCCUCAGCAUCUGAUCCCAAACCAGCCACCUCUGAAGAGGAGCAGCAGCAGGGAAGCGAUCCAGGACCAAAGCCUUGCCUGAGUAACUGGUGGACUCAUAAGAAGGCAAGCUGGGAGAGCAGUGCUGAGCUCCCUGUCCCUGCCAGCUCCAAGGAGGUGAUGCCGAGUGUUUCUGCUGUGCCACAGGGAAUGGCCUCCCCAGCAGACAGCUGGGAGCAGGGCAGGGAUGCCCAUGCUGUGGAGGGCUCCCCACUGCAACCACUAAACCCUCCCACGGUGCAGGAGGAGCCCUUGGUCAGCUCAGCACCAGAUGGGCACCAUGGGAUGCUGGUGGGACUCUCCCAUGUGCUGCAGCUGAUAGAAGAUGUGGUGGUGAGGAUGAGCCCUCGGCACCGGGUGCUGUACCAGGGCGAGCACAUGAGGAUGACAGGGAUGGUGGAGCCGCUCAGCUUUUGUAAUCAGGCCAGCAAUCUGAAAGAAGAUGACCUUGAAGCGUGCGAAGCAGUUGUCCUUCAUCAGCUUCAGGCUUUAUUACAAAGCGAGCUGAAUGGAUGCCUCCUACCUGAGAAAACACUUGAUGCUCAAGGUAGAACGGUGGAUGAAAAGCAAACCAGGCCAGAUCAGCAGUGGGAUGUGGACAUGCUGCGGACUUGCUUGAUCAACCAUGCCUUGUUUUUGAAAAGCCACCAAGUUCAGCUCACAGAAGAAGUGGCAGAGAUGUUUGAAAGCCUGCUGGUUUCUAGCAAGGAGGCACAGGAUGGCCAGGCUCCACCGGUGUUGAGAGAGGCCCUUCCAGAAGAGUGUGGGGAUAGGUCAUCUAUUCAGAGUAAUGAAUCAUCUUGCAGCUUGCCAUCGAUCCCAAACGACGGCAGGGAAAUAAAGCAGGGAAAACAUGCUCCUCAGCUCGACAACGCGGGAGAUCAAGAAGUCACAAGCUGGUGUGAAGAUGAGAGCAAGGAAGAAAGCACGGUUGAAAAGAAUCCUAUUACAGGUUGGGAUAGUGACGAUGAAGGUUCCAAAGCAAAAGCAAGCCAAGAAAUGCAUUCAGAAACAAGUUCUGCAUCCAAUGAAAGAAAUGCUCCCUUCUCAAGGUAA